GGCGGAGACCGGGACCUCGGUCCUGCUCGGGGGCUUGGCCGCCGGCGGAGCGGCCGCCCCACGCCUAGUGACACUCAGCCACCCGCGGCGCGACACGGUAAAGCGUGGCCGGAGGCAGCGGUGGCCAGUGGGCGAGUGUCGCCUUGUUGCCUUGUGAAAGAGGUACAAAAUGGCUUACAGCGUGACUCUGAAUGGACCUGGACCAUGGGGUUUCCGACUGCAAGGGGGCAAGGACUUCAACAUGCCCUUGACCAUCUCAAGAAUCACCCCUGGCAGCAAGGCAGCACAGUCACAGAUGAACCAAGGGGACCUUGUGGUAGCUAUUGAUGGAGUCAACACUGACAGCAUGACCCACUUAGAGGCCCAGAACAAGAUCAAGUCAGCCAGCCACAACUUGAGCCUCACUCUUCAGAAAUCUAAACGUCCAGUGCCAGUUUCAACCACAGCACCCAGAAUUGACUCUCCCAGGGCUGUAAUUCCCCACCAGAAGGAACCUGCUUGGGAAAUCAAUGGCAACAGAACAACCUUCAGUCCUCUAACUAACACGGCGACUGGGCCUAUGGGUAGUAUUUUAGAAACCAAUGGAACGUUUUCAGGCUACCUCAACAAGGAAGAGAUCAGCUUUUCAAAUAGUUCUUCCUACUUAAAGACUACCACAGUUAGAUCUUCCAUGUCCUCUCAGUCUAUGACUCCUGACAUUUCACCUGCCAAGAGUAACCUAGGUUCAAAGCCAAGCCCUGUCUUGGCUGAUGGCAAUAGUCCUUCACAGCAGCUGAGCCCCGCAAGGCAGUAUAACAACCCUAUUGGCCUUUACUCGGCAGAGACUCUCAGGGAAAUGGCUGAGAUGCAUAAAUUAAGUCUCAACCGAAGGGCUUCGGAAGGCGGACUUCCUAGAGGUACCCUUCCUCUUAAAGAUCCUCACGUAGACAGUGCCUCUCCGGUGUAUCAGGCUGUGCUUAAAACUCAGAACAAGCCUGAAGAUGAAUCCGAAGACUGGAGUCGCCGUUCUGCCAAUCUGCAGUCUAGGUCUUUCCGCAUCCUUGCCCAGAUGACUGGAACGGAGUACAUGCAAGAUCCUGAUGAAGAAGCCCUGAGAAGGUCAAGAGACAAGGAAAAUGUUGCAGCAGCAUCAGAAAACAGUAUCCCUGUUGAGCAUGCUCCGGUGUCUACCAGUGCUGCCUCUGCUCCUGCACCACAUGCUUCAGCACAUCAGCCUGCUACUGCUGCUCAAAACACAGCCAGUCUGAUGACACCACCAGCAGCCACCUCAGUAGUGCAAGAGUCUUUCUCAUCCUCCUUCCAAAGAGUCCAUGCAGCCCCCAGCUCUCUUUCACAGCCUAAGCCUUUCCAUGGGUCCAAGAACAUGUCCUUAGCAGCUUCCACUAUUUCAUCUGCUAUCUCAUCUCAGUCUAGUUUCAACCGGCAUUCUUCCACCUCCAUCAGCUACCAGUCAAAUAAGAGAAACACAAACCAGCCAUAUACACCAAUGCCAGUUUCUGGAAGCUACGGUGAAAGCCCUGCUCCUUCUGCUCCUUCAAAACCAAGAGUUGUUACUACUGCCAGCAUAAAGCCCUCUGUCUACCAGCCAGCACCAGCACCAGUUCAUUCCUACACCCCUGCCAACGAUGAGCCUGCAAGUCGCCCUCCCUGGGUAACAGAUGACUCCUUUUCCCAGAAAUUUGCACCUGGAAAAACCACCACCACUGUCACAAAGCACAUCCUACCAAGGGGUGCUCCAGUACCAUCUCCUGCCUCAACUCCCGCUUACCCAUCUCCAGUUCCAACUUCUUCCCAGGCUCCUGCACUAGCCCGGGGAACAGUUCAGAGGGCUGAGCGUUUUCCAGCCAGCAGCCGAACUCCUCUCUGUGGGCACUGUAACAGCAUAAUUCGGGGUCCUUUCCUGGUAGCCAUGGGUCGCUCUUGGCACCCAGAAGAAUUCAAUUGUGCUUACUGCAAGACAUCCUUGGCUGAUAUGUGCUUUGUGGAAGAGCAGAAUAGUGUGUACUGUGAGCGCUGUUACGAACAGUUCUUCGCACCAACCUGUGCCAGAUGCCACACUAAGAUCAUGGGGGAAGUGAUGCACGCCCUAAGACAGACUUGGCACACAAGUUGCUUUGUCUGUGCUGCUUGUAAGAUGCCGUUUGGGAAUAGCCUCUUUCACAUGGAGGAUGGGGAACCUUAUUGUGAGAAAGAUUAUAUUGCUUUGUUCAGCACAAAAUGCCAUGGCUGUGAUUAUCCUGUUGAAGCUGGAGAUAAAUUCAUUGAAGCUCUUGGACAUACUUGGCAUGAUACCUGCUUCAUUUGUGCUGUAUGCCAUGUGAAUUUGGAAGGUCAGCCGUUCUACUCCAAGAAGGAUAAGCCACUAUGCAAGAAGCAUGCCCAUGCCAUCAAUAUUUAAAAGAAGAGUUGAUAGUCAGUAACGCUAGGGAAAAACAGAUGAAUAACUGGGCAAUUAUAAAGUUGAUAAACAUGGCUAGCAUUUCUCCUGGUAAAAGCUAGAAAGUUGAUACUUCUGAAGUUUAAGUUUAACCUCAUUCUUAAAUGCAGAACAUGCUUUUGCAAAGUUCAUACAAAAACUUACCAAAUGAACUAGUCCAUUUUUAGAGCAACAGUUGGGGAAAAUAUUGAAAUUAAGUAAAAACUGUAAUAUAAAAAGUAAUGCGCAAAUACAAUUUCAAAUUAACUACCCUCAGCAGUUUUACUGCUUAGACCACACACUAGUGUUUAAAAACAACUGGAAAAGUCCUUUUGUAAUAAGUCAUUUUCUUUCAUAACAAGAAUGAGCAAGUGCCACAUGUACAAUAAUCUGUAGAACGAAAGGCCAUAGCUUUCAAAGGGAAAUAAAUAGAUUAGCGUUUCCUAAGGGAAAUAAAUAGAUUAGGGUUUCUUCUAUGAAAAGUGAGUGCUAUUCCAUUAUAUUGUGGUGCUACCUCAUAGCAUCAAACAUUUUAGAUUCUUUCCAAGUAAGAAGUCUGCCUUGAAUCCAUAUGUAGCUGGGAAGCCUAGGAGACAAUCUGUAACUUGGUUUGAAAAUAAAGUGGAAACAGAAUAAU